AACCCUGGUUAUUAUGAUCUGCAAGCUCAGGACCUGUCCGUGUGGCACGUAACCAACAAGACACCCCUGAAGGAAUGGAAGAACAGGUCCAUCCUGAGGUACCACACCGAGAGCGGCUUCCUGUCCUCAGAGAGGGGUAACCUCUUCAAACUCUACCAGAAAUACCCAGUGAAAUACGGCGCUGGCGUCUGCAAGACCAACAAUGGCCCCGCCGUGCCCAUCAUCUACGACUAUGGCGAUGCCCAGCAAACCACCAACUAUUACGCUCCAAACAGCCGAACUGAAUUCAUCGCUGGCUACAUCCAGUUCCGUGUGUUUAAUAAUGAGAAGGCAGCCAUGGCUCUGUGUUCUGGAGUGAAAGCGACCGGCUGUAACACCGAGACU